UGAUGAUGCAGUAGAACAAUUGACUUGACACGAGCUUCAUCGGCUCAUCGACACGAUUAAUUUUGUUACUGGAAAUAUGUCUUACGGAAGUGCACAGACUGAGAAAAAUUACGGGGGACAUGUGAUCACUGUUGAUUUUCGCAGUGAUACUGUGACGAAACCAUGUCGCGUCAUGAGACAAGCUAUGUUCGACGCGGAAGUUGGUGAUGAUGUCUAUCAUGAGGAUCCAACGACUAAAAGACUGGAAGAAUACGUCGCAGAUUUAAUGGGGAAGCAAGCUGCGCUGUUUGUAUCGAGUGGAACCAUGGGGAACUUGCUUUCCACAAUGGUACACUGCAAUACUCGUGGCUGUGAGAUGUUUCUGGGUCAAGACGCCCACAUGGUUCACCACGAGCAGGGGUCAGCUGCCCAGAUAGCAAACGUCACAAUCUGCCCCAUCCCCAACAAUCCCGAUGGCACCUUCGACUUGAAGCAGGUGAGACUGAGACUGAAGGACCCGGCCAACGUCCACAGUUCGAUAUCCCGGAUGCUAGCUGUGGAGAACACUCACAAUGGAAAAAUACUCCCCUUGAAAUGGAUCAGAGAAGCAGUGGCAUUUGGAAAAAGGCACGGAUUGAAGCUGCAUAUGGACGGUGCGAGGAUCUGGUACGCCUCGAUAAUCGGUGGAACACCAAUCAGAGACAUCGUCGACGGCUUUGACUCAGUCACCUUCUGUCUGAGUAAGUUAGGUGCACCAGUUGGAUCAAUGCUCUGUGGAUCCAGGGAAUUCAUCACCCAGGCGAGGAGAAUGAGAAAAGUUCUCGGUGGUGGAAUGCGUCAGAUUGGAGUAUUGACAGCUUGUGCUCUCGUUGCCCUCGAAAAUCUCCCUAAAAUCGACAAAGAGCAGGUGAAAGUUGCUGCAAUGAUGAAAGCUGUCAACGAACUUGAGUCUGAUAUUUUCAAAAUUCAUCCCAUCGAUGCACAGACCAACAUGGCUUGGAUCAGCGUUGAGGAGACCGAUGAGGUAACAGCACCGAAAUUUGCUAAACGACUUGGAGAGAUUGAGGACGAUCAUGAGGACGAUCAGAUCAGGGUGUUGGCAUGGGCUGUGCGACCCAGGAUGGUCAGGCUCGUAUUUCAUCUCGAUAUCACCGAGGAGGGAGCCAGAGCUGCCCAGAGGAAGAUCAGAUACGUCAUAAAGCAGAUGGAUCCAAAGUUUAACGAGACUCUCAAUUUCAUCGUCAAAAAUAAGGAGAACAAGGAAAACAUUAUAGCUUGUGAACUCGAGAAAAAACUGUACAUUCAACGAAUGUAAUUAUGCUGUUUACAACUGCCCAGCGAUGGGUUCUCUCAAUUAUUGUAAUCGUAUUCCAACUGUAUUAUACGUAAUGACUCAUUCGACUUCAGAAUGUUUAUCGACUCGUUGAAAAACUCGUGAUAGGAAAGUCGUCGGUACGACUUCGAAAAUAUAUAAUAGCCAAUUUGUUUCCUUAUA